AUGACGAGCGACUACCCAAACGACUCUUCUACGGAGAUGUCGCGACGGGUUCUCGCAGCCAAGGAGGCCUCCCUGAAACGUCUGCAAAUAAACCCGACCAACUGGGAAGAGCUCGUCCUCAAUCGACCGACCUGGAGGAGGACGUUGAAAACCGCUGCUGCGAUCUACGAAGCCAACCGCAUCACCGCCGCCAAAUUGAAACGCGAAGCACGCAAAUCACAGCUGCGCCCAAUACGCAACGCCAACGCACAACCGCUACCAACGUGUCCUCGAAGUCAACGGACAUUCGGGGCACGAAUUGGACUUAUUGGACACCUUCGGACCAACUGCACCUCUCGGACCGCAGCAACCAUCGUCCCUCCGCCCGCCUCUUCCCCGUCCUCUCCGCCGCCAUCUAACUCUGACGCCUCUUCCGAACCAUCACUUCCAUCCUCCUCCCCCUCCUCCUCCACUGCCCCAACGACGGCCGCUCAGGCGACAGUCACGCACAUCAGCCACCCUGACACAACAACCGACACCACCCCCACUGCCUCCGACUCCAGCGAUGAGGAUCAGGACUACACCUGCCCUCAAUGCGACCGCACCUUCACCUCACACAGCAGGCUGGUCGGUCACUUGCGAAUCCAUCGCACAGAGGCCGGUUAA